UGUGGCCGGGAUGCCGCUGCUGCAGCCAGCUAAACGUUGAGGGAUUUAAUUAAUCUUCUGCCGCUGCGUCAAAGCUAACUUCGCAAGACUGAUGAAAUAUUAUCAUUUGGACACCAUAUAGUAACAUGUUACGUACAGUGAAUGUCAGGUAACGUUGGAAUAUCUCUGGCUAGAAAAAUGGUAGCCCCUUCCUCCAAGAACAACAAAACCUGCUGCUGUUGCUGCUGCGGAGCUCGGCCGACGGAGCAGGCGGAUUUCAUGCUCGGGAACGAGGCUUGUUUGACCGAUUGAGUGGUCAUGGAAACGACGAGAGAGAACGGAGGGCCGUUUGGUGUCGACUUGAACGAAAACGAAGAAAAGGGAGGAGGGGGGAGAGCGGGCCAGAAAGCUUACAUCGCAGUCAAAGACCAUGGUACAACGCUGCUGACCGGUGACAGCGGGGGUCAGGAAGCCGUGAAGGGUCAUAUUUAUUUGACCGGUAACGGGAGGAAUGUAAACAGAGACGCCUCAAUACAGCCACCCCCACACAAGAGGGAGAUAAUGUUGGAUUUGGUCGCGGGGGAGAAGUACCUUCCCGGGCAGUUGACUGACAGCUGUGUGAUAUCUGGGGUUUGCAGCGACCACAGCGGCCUGGUAAACGGAUUUACUGAGUCAUUCGGUGAGGAAGAGCCGACAAUUAUCGGGCUGGAAGGAGGAGGAGGUGAAGGAAAAGAAGGGGAAGGAGAAGGAGGUGGGCUCGGCCUCACGGGGACCAUAGACGCUUCCUGUCCAGCUGUGCUCGGGGCUCGGGUUUCAGUGGGGACAGGCCGACAGAUGCGGCAGCACCCUGCGAGGCAGAGUGAAGGGGAAACUCCGGAUUCCGACGACGUUACCCCCGUGGAGGAGUCCAGGGGCUGCAUCCGGACUUCUGCUCUACUUGAUCGGUUGCCAUGCACGGGGAGGCACCAACGGAACUGCGCCUGCACCCCGGCUGUUCUCUCGGGUCCAAAUGUAAACAUGCCCAACGGGGAUGUUGACAGCCCGGGGCACAGAGAUCCAGAAGCUGACAUAGCUUACUGCAAACAAACUGGGAUGAUUUCCAGCCAGUUGCUGGGUCAGAGACUUGGUCUAUGCGACGUGGACUGCGAGGAAGUGAAAGUAGCCAACGGCGGUUUACACAUCCUUACAGCCGAAAGAGAAACAUGUGACUGGCCAGACUCGGACUGUUUGCAUGAAAACAACACUGACACUGAUUUCGACCUGGGGUUAGGGCAGGAAAAUGGGGCAGGGCCAGGAUUUUGUCUCAGGAGCCAAAGGGCUUUCAGCGGGACGUAUGUCCCUUCAUGCCCGGGGGAGGAUGCACCAGCGUCGCAAGAACUCAGUUGCUCCCCCGAGCCCUCCUCCCUAUCCCCGUCCAAGGACUCUCCCUUCUUGGGAUCAAGUGCCAAACUCCCCUCACCCUUAUCACCCUCCCCCUCCAACUUGAACGGUGACAGCCCGCUCUCUGAACCCAACAUCAGAGAGGAUGAGGAGGACUUCAGUGACCUUAGUUUUCCCGUCAGGCCCCAGAGUUUGAGGACUAACCUCAACCUCGCAGUGUCCCUUAGCUGCGACGCCACUCCACUGUCCCCAGACGAUGAUGGUGGAUUUUAUUUCGGAGAUGAGGGUUACGAUGAGGACUUCAGAAACGUUUUGGAUGCAGGCCGAAGGCAGAGCGCCCCAGACAAGCUGCCAGACCUGACCGAGCAGGCUGACAGCUCAGAUCCAAAACUGAUGCCAAAGAGAUUCGGCAUCGCGGACUUCUUCACCAGGAGCCUGUUUUCUAGGAAACCCAAAGAGCCCAAGGCGCUGCCCCAUAAUGCAUCAGGGUGGCGACUGUUUAGCAAGACAGCAGCCAAAGAGGGUGAUCAAACUAAAGACCCUGCCUCCCCAGUGUCCACUGAACAGGAGGAGCAGGAGAGGGACUUUGGUGUGUCCUCGUGUCCUCAGCUCCCUCUGGCUGCAGGGAGGAGAAAGAAUCUGGAGUUUGAGCCUCUCUCCACCACAGCUCUGAUCCUGGAGGACCGGCCAGCAAACUUACCUGCCAAGUCUCUGGAGGAAACUCAGAGGCACAAAAUGGAGUACGAGGAGAUGGUGGCAGGAGCCAAGAGGAGAGAGUUGAAGGAAGCCCAAAGGAAGAAGCGUCAGAUGAAGGAGAGGCACCGACGAGAGGACAGCAUUUCCAACGCCAUGGUCAUCUGGAACAGUGAGAUCCUGCCUAACUGGGACACCAUGAAGGGAACAAGGAGGGUCAGGGAGCUGUGGUGGCAGGGACUUCCUCCCAGCAUCAGAGGCCGAGUGUGGAGCCUCGCCAUUGGCAACGAGCUCAACAUCACUCCAGAGUUGUAUGAGAUCUUCCUGUGCAGAGCCAAAGAGAAGUGGAGGAGUUACAGUGAAACAAGCUCAGUCAACGACAAUGAGAGUGAUGGAGGGGCGUCUCUUGCUGACAGAGAGUCCAGCCUGGACCUUAUUAAACUCGACAUCUCCAGAACCUUUCCCUCCCUCUUCAUCUUCCAGAAGGGUGGUCCCUAUCAUGACCUCCUCCACAGUGUUCUGGGGGCGUAUACAUGUUACAGACCUGACAUCGGCUAUGUUCAGGGCAUGUCGUUUAUUGCUGCUGUGUUAAUCCUCAACUUGGAGGAGGCUGAAGCCUUCAUCACCUUCGCCAACUUGCUUAAUAAACCCUGUCAGAUGGCCUUCUUCAGAGUUGACCAUGAACUGAUGUUAAAGUAUUUUGCAGCCUUUGAGGUUUUCUUUGAGGAGAAUCUUCCUCGCCUUUUUACCCACUUCCAAACCAACAACUUGACCCCUGACCUCUACUUGAUCGACUGGAUCUUCACCCUGUACAGUAAGUCCCUGCCUCUGGAUGUAGCAUGUCGGGUCUGGGACGUCUUCUGCCGGGACGGUGAGGAGAGUUUGUUUCGGACGGGGCUGGGCAUCCUGCGUCUGUUCGAGGACGUCCUGCUGCAGAUGGACUUCAUCCACAUCGCUCAGUUCUUAACCCGCCUGCCUGAGGACCUGCAGUCACACACACUCUUCAAUGCCAUGGCCAACACACAUAUGAUCAGCCGGAACCGCCGCUGGGCUCAGGUGUUUUCAGCGCUGAUGAAGGAUGGAAAUAAGGAGACAGACAAAAACACCAGCCCAGCUUUGAGAAGCUAACGCUGGCUAGCCUUGACCACUAAUGCCAUCUCUCUUCAGACUAAAUUGAAACGCUAGGAGCUCAACACGCUCUACAACAGGCUCCACCACAAACCUUGAUGCAAACAUGAGCCAGCCAUGAAGGUGGUUGCUGAUAUUGGAGCCCCAAACUACCCCCGGCCGAGCAGAGACAUUUUGGCCAGCUGUUGCAUUGAGCCAGGGAAAUAAAGAAGAAGCUUAGAAGUUUCCUUGGAUCUGUGGGAAAAGGUGGAUGUUUUAUUCAGUACUUCUGCUGCCAUUGUCAGUAUUUCAGCAGGCAGAUUAUGAUUUGGAAAUGAAAACUUCUGCUAAAUGGUUUGUGUAACCCCCCUCCUGGCUGGCUAGUCCUAAUUCUGCCUCCAUGCAGGGAAACAAACACCACUAACACCGAGCACUACGCCCUGUGUAAUUCUCAAAGACUCUAAAAAUUCUCUUUUUCGGUGCUAAUGAUUCUAUUAAGGCUUCAGAAAUGACCUCUGUGGUUAAACUCUUAAUAAUGUAGGUCCUUUUGCUUUUGAUUUCACACUGUUCUUCAUGAGCUGUGUUUAUGUGUUUGAACCAGGCCUCUGGAUCAGAACAUGACGGGAAUCUGCAUUAGCAUGGCUUACGGUUAUAGCUGAUAGAUUAGCCUCCUACUUUAACUUAGUAGAUUUUUACAUUUUCCAUCUGUAGGCAAGCAAACAUGAACCUGGGAAAUAACUAAAUACACUUUUGCAAUUUGAAAAAUUUGUACAAUGUAGUGUUUAAGCAACAAAUAACGCCCAUCUCAUCAGUGAUGCUAAUUAAGUCCAAACAGACUGUGAUGAAAUAUUCAUAAUUCAGAUGUUUUACAGGAAUUAGCUAUCAUGUGUUUCACUGGGGUAAUGAUGUCUUUUCUACAUAGCACAAAAAGUUUAUUAUGUUGUCCUGAAUAUAAAAUCAAACCUAAAGAGGAUUUUUAAGUGCUGUUAAUGAGUGGUUGUGGACUUAGAAAGUCAUACUCACUCUUAAUUUUUAACCAAACAGAUGUAAAGAGCAUAAACAACUCUAAAAUGUCAGCUUUUUAUGUUGUUUAGGUAAAAAUCUCACUAAUUAUCAUGCAGAAUCAUUUAGAGUUAAAUGUUGGAUUUAGGGGAUGAUACAGUUUCAGAUCAGUGUUUUAAGAAUAGAGAUUCCUCUCAGAGCACUUUUAAAUGCAGCACUGAUGUUACACUAUGAACACAGGACUUUAGAGGUGUAAAACUACACAGAGUGAAUCAAACUAAAUAAACAGGGCUUUCUGUGCCUCAUAGUUUUCUUUGCUAGAUGUUACAAGGAUCAGAAGUGAAGGACCAACAUAGCUAGUUAAAGCAGACUGAUAGUAACAGAAGAUACUCAGUUUUAAAUUAGUUUUGUUCUGGCAAGUGGUUGAAGUGUCUUGAGCAAAAAUGUUGUCACACAUUACUUUAACAAAACGUGAAAAAUGUUCAGUUUUGUCCACAGGCUGAGAGAAACCCUGUUAACAAUAAAAGUAGCAGCCCAUGACAUCGCCGGCCCCAUGGGGGAAUUACCCCGCCCCCGUAGCGCUUCAACAAUAUAAAAUUACGGAGCAGCUCAUCUCUGUAUAGUCCUUUGUUUGCCGAUGUCACUGCCCUAACUGAAAGUUAACAGCUAGCUAUGCUGUGUUUUUGUUCAUUAUGAGGUAAAUUUCCCAAAUCUAUCAGCCAUGGUGACCUAUUAGUCAUUAAAGGUAUCAUAACAGAGACAUUUGUGCAAUCAAACAGUGAAUUUAAUCCUCAACUUCUGUCUCUCUGCUCUGACACAGAGCCAGGCAGCUUAAGUAAAGUAUCGGAUGAUAGAAGUGCUGUGUUCCUGCCAAGUGUGUCACAAUAAAAGCCUCCAAUGUUUAUCAUCAUUGAAUUCUGAAGAGCAACAUCAGGAAACAUUGUGUUUUCAGCAGCUACUUAACAAGAAAGACGUCUCAUUAUGGAAGAGAGACAUAACUUUACAUAACUCAGAAAAUGAGACAUUAGGAACAGCUGAAGAGUUGAAUUCAAAAUGAGGAAAUGAAACAGAGAUUUUUAAUCACUAAUCUGCCUGCCUGUGAUGACAUAAAUGUGAUUGUGUCUCUGGUGGCUCAAAAAGAGAGUUGUAACAGCAGCAGCAGAGCAGAGGGAUGAUUCCUCCAGUCUAACAGUAGCAUUUUUUUUAAAUUGAGAGGAUUUUAUUUCUCUGAGCGGGCGUGGCUUCAGCUCAUUUAACUGACAUGCCCGCAUCAUCCUAAAGCAGAUUUUACUGCCUUACUUUCCCUGAUUUAAAGCUGAAAUUUAGCCUUGUGGUUCAUAACACAGUGGCCUGUCAUAGAACAAACCUAAAACACAGAUUCUUUUGUUAUCACUUUACAGGGACUUGCUGCAGUUUCAGAAAAUUAGAAGCCAUCCAGUAUCAGGCUUGGCUGAUGCUGAAACAUUUUUUAACACUUUCUGUCAUUUCAGAUUGUAAACAGGUUUUGUAAGGAAAGUUUUAAUAUGCAGUUCUCCAUUUGCUCUUAAAGAUAUCAGAAAAUGGCACAGGAUGACAUCCUUAAAUGACUUGUUUUGCUCACUAAACAGCCCAAAUGCUGUUAAAAUUGAAUUAAACUAUCUGAGAAAUACCAAAUAGUGUGGGGUAUAGUAAAAAGUCAACUGAAAAUCAAUCUAUCUAAGGAAAGCAAGAGAUGCAGCACUAUUGCAGCUCUAUAUGUAGAUUUGACUUCCUUAGAACUUACUUUAUAACACUCCAAAAAAUCAAAGGCUAUCAGUGGCAGCCUUGAUUUGUGCAUAUUUUGUACUGUGCACUCAAUUAUUAGCUCCUGCAGCAAAUUGUCUACCUGUGUGUAUUGGCAGCCUUAAUAAUUCCAUGAAUGAAUCUGGAUUGUAAUCCUAGAGACUGUAAGGUUUCCCCUUCAGGCCUCCUGGCCUGUUUAAGUGCUUUACGCCAUCCUUGUCUCCUCCCGUUAACACUCCUUUGAUUCACACUAUGAUGUAACAUUCGCCUACAUUUCAUCCUUACUGCUCCUUUUGAUUUUCCUCAUACCCACCAGCAAAUGUGCAAGCCUUAAAAACGUGGACCAAGCUGCCACUUUGUAUUGUCACAGUUUUGACUGCAGCUUUUUGUGGUUGUUAAGGCGGAAAAAUCCUUGCGGGCAUUUAGCAGCUCUGAAGGUAGGAAAAGAAAGAGGAGUGAUGUGGAGAAGGAGACAAAAAUCAGACUAUAGCCACCUUGAUACUUCGUUUGUACAUCUUUCUGUACAUCUUACUCCUUUCAACCAAGAAAACACACGCAAAGAAGAGGCGAGAUAAAUAUAAAGAUUAGACCUUCAUAGCUGUUUUGUUUUUACAUGUUUCUUCUCAGUGAAAAUUCAGAAAGUAGGUCUGAUUUUACACAGCAAUAAAGUGGAACCUUGGCAGAGUAAAUCAUAAUAAAGAUUAAUGAAGACAAACCAGUAAAGUUUGAGGGAUCACAUCCUCUCAGACUUUAGGUUUUUUCUCUGCUGCAAUGUUCUGCAUCAUAACAGUAUUACAUUUGAUCACUCCAUAACUAAAAGAUUGUUGUUGAUCAUGAUUCAGACAUAAACCAGCAUACCUGUGUUCAAGGGAAAAAACAGUUUGGUUUAGGGGAAAGUGUCUUCUGUUUGUGUUGAUGUUUUAUGAUGUGAGUACUUUGUUUGAGAGGUGGUUUGUGUUACGCUUGACUAGAAAACAGAAAAUUCUUAAAGUUUUCUUGUACUUUUCUCUAAAACACAGCAUCACAAGAAGGUUUUGUGUGCUUUUAACUUGACCAAAGUGUUAAUUGAGUGAGCACUUGAAAAUAAAACAGAUUUGAAAUCUUUCUUGAUUUAAAUGAAAGUCUGAGGUAAAGAAUCAGAUUAAAAAACAUCAGAUUUAAAGCAAGGGGGAAGCCUCAUAGGUUCUUUAGUUGUAGCAAGCACUUUGUGAUGUAUUCACUGUUAAGAUGGCCAGAAGAUGAGAAGACAAAGAUGUAUCAGCAACUAAAAUCUAUUAGAUCUACACAUCAAGAUGGUGAAAAGUUUUUAAAAAAGAGCCUUAUUUACUAACGGGUCCAGAAUUUACACCGAAUUCAACAAUGCUCCAAUAAUAAGGUUUCAAUAAGCUCAUUACUAUUUUUGAAAUACCAACAUGAAUCCAACUUUAAUCCACCCUUAUGUUUAUUACCAGUACACUAAAUCUGCUCUCUGAUUUCUUAAACUGUGAGGUGUUUCUUAAUCUCAGCUCAUAAUGCAAGCUCAUAGAAAUACAAAUUUGAAAGCAGUGAGCCCUCUCCAUGUUUAUCCUUUAUCAGUGUUGGAGGCUGUACUCUUUACCUCCAGACUGCAAGCCCAAGAGCUGUCAAAGCUCAGUGGACCUUUUUGGAUUUUAGCAUUUAUAAUCCCCAAAAUAUUCCAACCAUAGAAGCUAAGCUUUACAAAUGACCAAACCUGGAGGGUCUUCAAAGACCCUUAAACCUUUGAAAACUCUGAAAUCCUCAGCCUGUAUGUUAAAAAUAAGUUUGCAGUAUUUAGAAAGUAAGUGCCAUGUUUUGUGGCUGACAUCAAGAGUGAUUUUAUAUCAUUUUAAGAAAAAAAAUAAUAAAUAGAAGUGAACAUUUACUGAAAUGAAAGCUACACAAAGGUUCAAACAACAACAGCAGUGCAUUAAUUUUUAAGGUUUUUAAGGGUUAAUCAUACUGCAUUUUGGACUAAAUCAGGUUUUAAUGAACACAGAUGUACUUAAUGACUAUUUAUGGUUGUGCCAGUUGAUUAUACAUUUUCUGUUCCUGUAAGAAAGUUUUAUACAGCCAUGAUAUUUACCACUCAGUUUAAGGCAGAUCAAAGAGAUCUUAGUGUGACAUCUCUGAGCCAUUGUUGGAUAAAAGGUGGAGGUUAAGGCCGUUUUCAGGUGGUUUCUCAGCAUUCAUAUUUAGUAAUGGCCCACACAGUCAGUCAGCUUUCGUCUUUAUAUACUGAGGAGUUUAAUGAUGUGUAAUCCCACACUAGACACACAAAGAGGCUUCUGUGUAUGUGUUAUCAUGUUCACUCUUUAAGACUAAAAGUGCAAUACAGUCUGUGUUUAGGCUGCAGAUUCAUCAGAGUAAUUAUUACCCAGAGUCCUCUUCAGGUCGGUGCAACACUCCCUCGUCUGACCUCACUCCAGAUUAUUGAUGAAACUUUCAGAGAGCUGCAGAGGGAACAUGAGAUUAAUGUGAUAUUUCUCCUACAAACUGUAUGUUCCAUGUAUUCAUUUUUAUUUAAGUUUUAUCUUUGCUUUCUGAUUUGUUUUAUAUUUUCAUGUAAAUUCACUUUUUUUUUUUUUUUUUGUUCUGUUUUAUUGUUAAAUUUCAGUGUACAGUUUUUUUCAUAAUGCCUUACAGGUGAUGUAAAUAAACUGUAAAAAUGUUCUUUCUUUUCAUAUAAUGGCCACUAGUUAAAUGUGUAAAUAAAUAUC